GGGCGGGGCUGGGGGCGCGGCGCCGCGGAGCUCGGGCCGGCGGAAGGUUUACCUGCUAGGCUUGUCCCACCUGUGUGGAGCUCCCAUCGCCCUCCAGCGUUGCGCAGCCUGGAGGGACAGGACGGACACGCGGGUGCCUCCUUCUAAUUCAUCUUCACCAUUGUGGUUGUCAAUAUGGCAUGCAGAAUUAUUCCUCUUUCCAGGUUUUCCCCAAGGACCCUGGACAAUGCUGGUUUUUCCUAUGUGCACCACCAAAGGGCCUAUCCAGCUUCUAGAGUCUACCUGGAUUCCUGGGCUCAUGGCCCCUUCCUCCAUCUUCAAACCAGCAAUGGAAAUGGAAAUGAAAGCAAAAUGGAAGGACGUGAGGUCCUUAUCCUUGGAGAUCCUAUGGAGUCUCCACAGACAUUCCUUGAAGAAAUCAGAUGGAGCUGAGCCUGACACUCUAACCGGUUCUCUGGGUCUACUGCAAAGGUCUAAUAAAAGGCACCUUUGCCCGGUUGCUUCAAUUCUAGGAAGCUGUUCAAUGUUUGACUAUAUUUCUCCAUACUCAUUUGAAAACAGUUCAUCAGAUUGGAACGACCUGGAGCAGCCAGCAGAGUGACAAAUGAGGAAGAGGACAGAAUCUAGCCGAAGAAGCUCUGGAAGAUACCAUUUGAAGUCUUGAGUGCUUGAACUCACAAAGAAAGCACGUAGGUUCCAGCAUUCAGCACCAUGGUCAAGAGACAGAAACUAAAAUCCGUGGCUUCAGGCUGCUAAAAGCCGAAAACAAAACAAAAUAGAACAACAACGACAACAACAACAAAAUAAGGAAAAAAGCUUGGAGAAAUUGUGUGCCCAGGGCCACAGAACAAGAAAGUUGCAGAGAUGGAAACCCAGGUAUCUUGACACUAUAAUUUGUCCUCAAAUGCCUGUAUUAUAAUGUCUACCUGUGUAUUGUUUAAAUUAUUUGACAACAUGAAGCAUGUCUUUUGUAAUCACACACAAGAAAAUAUUGCUGAAAAUAACUUAAUCUUGUAAACCUGUAAAAGAAGAGAUAUGUCCUCUCUUUGACUAGCUUAGCUGCAAUGUCAAUUUACCAUCUGUGGGGUUGAGUCUGUGGUCUAUGUACAGCCUAUGGGAAUGUUCACUUUAGGACCUUUUGCCCAUAAACAAACUUCUAAAAUUUCUUGAAUAUUCUAAUGACUUACAGUCUCUAAAAAGAAAUCUUUUUUUUAAGAAUAUAAUUUUUUUCCUUAAAAUGGGUUUGGCUGCUUUCUAAUAGCUCCUGAGAAUUAAAUGGUCUCUACAAUGUCCCCUCCAUAUUCCAAAUAAACAAGUCAAAGCCCGAAAGCCCUGUGGUGGGACAUGACCCAAACACACAAGUUUUUAUGGCCUAAAGUCACCUUGCCAGAAUGCACUGAAAGACAAACAGAGAGCAUUCUUUAAAUAUUUCUAGUUUAAGAAACAAAAACAAAAACAAAAACAUUAUUUCUUUUUUUUAAACUAACAAGCCCCUAGAAAGAAAAUAGUAAAUAAAUGAAAAAGUAAAUCAUAAAUAAAAUGUAUAUUAAUUAAAAUAAAUAUUCGCUUGACAAAAAACAUCUCCAGUAACCCAAAAUCCUGCAAAUGAAAGAAGUGGGGGAGUGGGGGCUUGGCAUAAAUAUUCCAGAGCUCUUCCUCAGUCUCUUUAUUUCAUACUUUUCUGAUCCGCUGACACCUCCCCACAUACU